AUGAUACCAUACUUUAUACCCCCACAACCGCAGUCUACUUUAGGACAGCAAGCAUCUCGUGAGGUUGGAAAUGUAGACCCAGCUCUCGAUGCAUCUCUGAUGACACCCCCCAUGUCACCAACAGAAAGCAGCUUUGGAUUCCAUUCGAAUUCAACCAUCGAAGGUCGAUUCGCAUCACCCUCUUCACAACACUCUUACUUGUCCUCUCCAAAUGACUGGCGUUCAUUCAAAACAGAUUCCGUUGUCUCGCCCACAAAGGGGUCAAUGUCCUCUCCGGUCUCUUUAGGAUCAGGAUCAGGGUCCACUCUGGGAUCCACCGGGCUUUCCCCGCGUGCUGUGUCCUUUAAUUGGGAUCGAUACGAAGAUUUUCAUGAGGAUCAGGACGACAGGGACUCGCAGGACGAAUCUGAUAAUGAUCACGAGGGGAACAGCAUGACCGCCAAGACUCCCUAUUACAAACAAUUUGAGGGCCAUCAUUCGAUAGUACGACGUCGCUCCUCCUAUGGAGGGGAGGAUGAGGGACACUAUAGACACGAGCUUGGACAGCCAACUGAAGAACCAUACGAUUCACUUCGACAUGGCAUUGGUUUGAGUCUUUCGGAUAUGAAUGAGGAGCUGGAGAAGGCGCGAGCGCAAAUGAGUCGAGCUAGUCGGGCCAUGAGAAAUAUGGAGCAUGAGCUUCAAGUCAUGCAGCAGAGCAUUGAUGAGAGCAAGGCAUCCAAUGCUUCUGCCAGGUCAGCCAUUGAAGAGAAUUUCUGGCGGUUAGAGUGUCUUGCUCGGACGAUCGAAAAGGACCGUCAAGAGAGCCAGAAGCGUAUUCAGGCUGUGGGACGCGACUGCAAUGAGGCAAUUGAAACGGUGACAAACUGGGAAGUUCGGAUCGAUUGGCUUGAAAAGCGGGUGGACAAUACUUCGGAAUAUGUGUCAGAGUUGGUGCUCUCAGAGCAGGAAUGUAGAGAACUUGACACCGCUACCCAAGAUCCUGCCCCCGGUUGUGGCACCGACGAAGCUCCCGAUGGUGAAGCGUCGUGGACAGAGUCUGUCACAUUUACCUGUGCAUUCGUGGUUACAAUUCCAGUUUAA